AUGCGACGGGGAUGAAGACCCCGAUAGAGAGGACGUAGGGGGAGUCUAUGGAUAUAGCACGCGACAUCAUGGAGCGAGAGAGGGCUCGACUUAUGGCAUCGAGUAACCCACGUGCUCAGGCGUUCGCACGGGCCUUGGAGGAGGCCAGGCGUCGAGAGACAGGGAGGGAUGGUGUGCAGGGUGGGGUGGUGGCUGGGGAGGACGUUAUGGAGGGAGUGGCAGCAGAGGCGGACCAUGAGGCUAUACAGGGUGGGCCAGAGGCAGUGGAUGUUCCUAUGGAUCGCCGGCCACAAGCGGCGUAUGAGGCUGUGCAGGCAGGACAACGGCGAGAUAAGGGGGCUAUAGACGCACGACCCGUGGUUCAGGAGACAGCGGCGGGUCCAGUCGUUCCUUUCUCGGGCCUGCACUUGGCUCAGGGCCGACAGUCGCAGCCGGUUCAGGUGGUAGUGCAUGGUGUGCCACCGCCCGUUAUCACGGAUAUGGGGUCCGAGCCGGUGGUGGUGCCUCCACGUCCUCCUAGUCACUUUGCUCCGCAGGAGGUCCGUCAUCCUUUGGAUGCAGAUGAAUUGGCGAGAGAUGCUAUGCGCGAUGUUACUCGAUUGGACCGGCGGAUCUUCGACCGGAGGCUCGAGCAUCCAGCAUGGCAGGCGAUCCCUUCGGUUCCAUGGGGUCCUGCGUCGCCCGUGUGGUCUGGGUCUACCUCCACCGGAGGACGUACUGCGGGAGAUGUUCCAGGGACGGUUGCAAAGGCUAGUGCGAGGGUUGUUUUGUUGAGGAAGGGAGGAGGCCCUGUCACCAUCGAGGAGGAUGAUCCUGAGACGGAUGUGGUAGUGCGGGAGGAGGACAAGGACUAUGAGGGCGAGGAGGAGGGUGAGGAGGAUAGCGAGAGCGGUUCCGGCGGUGACGACGACUACGGCGACGAUGGGCCCCCACCUCCACCGCCGAUGCGUGCAUCUAGACACUCCGCUGCGCAGACUUCUUCAUCCGCACAAGGGAGGAGGAGGUCGGCAUCUGGCACUCGAGGGGGUGCGAGAAGACGGAGCGGGAAGGGGAAGAAGGGUUGUUGAUCGUGAGGCCAACACUGUGUUUUUCCCCUACUCACACUGUACUUCAUCAUGUUGUGAGGUUCUGGUUUUUUUGGUCGUGUCGUCUUUGUCUUCGUAUUGUUAGACACUCAGUGGUAGUGUGCGUGUUGUAGUUGUUGUUUUCUUCGUUUUUGGUGUGUAUGAUUUUGGUACCAGUAGGGUGUUCGUAGAGUAGCGUUGGUUGCAGCAGACUGAGUACAGUAAAGUAUCUCGGCAACU